AUGACCAUUCACUAUAAUCAAUUGACCAAGGAGCCUUACUUGAAGCUUCCCGCUCCACGAUCCAAUGUUAUCAUCACUCCACACAGAUUGGGAAACAUUGAUGAAAACGCCGAUGCAUUGGCAAACAUACUAAAUGAUUCAAGAGUGUAUCCCUGCCUGGAGCGGACGCCGUACCCGUAUCUGCACGAGCACGGCGUGGGAUGGAUUGAGGCGCACUGCAAACAAAAUAAGGAGGCUUUGUCAACAUUGCGCAAGCACCUAGGACAGAGAGAGAUUAUCAACACAGAAAGCGCUGAUGGGCGAAAAUUCUUCGACAGUUGUCUAUUCACUUGCAUUCGCGAGGUUCUGGCCGAAGAUCCUGAAACAGGGGCCCCGCUUGAGGAUCGCCUGAUUGGCGACAUGAAAAUGGAGCGGUAUACAUUCUACGAACAUUUAUAUGGUAGCGAGGAAAGAUCCAAGGCGCAACACAAAAAUGAAGAAUUGCCGACUGGAGAUGAGAACAUAAUAUGGACGCUUGGAGAUUUUCUAGCAUCUAGCCACCACGGCAAAGGAAUCAUGACACUCGCAAUCCGGACUCUCAUUCACGAUUGGGGUAUUCCGCACAUGAAUGUUCACCAUAUCAAGUGCUAUGCAUUUGUAGGCAAUGAAGGUAGCUUGAGAGUGCUCGAGAAGAAUGGCUUUGAAAGAGAGCGCACAUUGGAAGACUGGGUCCCGGUUUCUGAAAGCCGAGGGGGUGGAAGAAAGUCGAUUGUCUUAAUGGCAUGGCGGGGUGCGUAG